AGGUUUUGUCUCAGUUAAUGUAGUUGAUUGUUUAAAAACAGAUCUUGUACGUCAAUAUUCUAAAUCCAGAUAACCAUCCGGUCUUCAGAUAACCAUCCGGUCUUCAGAUAACCAUCUGUUUAAAGGCUGAGUCAGUGAACCGUGUCCUGAGAACAUCCAGCCAAUAAACGAUGAUUUACGUGAUUGCUGAUUCUAGCCAAUGAACCAUGAACUUGGCUGCAGAACUUCCACAUCCGGGUGGCCUUGAGCAGACGACAGAUGGGGCAAUGGACUACGAUAUCUCGAUUGUUGCAGUUUCCGUCUUCUUCGGACUCACUGCCCUCGUUUUAACAACAAUAUCUUGCUUGUGUUGCAAGAAAGACUCGCCCCAAGGCCACUACAGCAGGUAUGGCAAGAGCAAGGACCGUAUCCCCCUGGAGGACCUGCUCAGCAAGCCCCCCCUCGCGGACCCCGAGUCUGUCUUCAGCGAGCUCUCCUACGACGGCCGUAUGUCCAGCAAUGCCAACAACUGGGCCAUGUGGGAGGACGGGCCAAGCGGGGUCCACGACUCCAGCGCCGCCCCGGGGAAAAGUUCCGACACGUACGACUACAACCGCCGCACCAGCUCCGUCAAGCUCAACAAUGCGGGCGGGACGGCGGCGGCUGGCAUCGCCGCCAACAAGAAGUGGAGCAGCGAGAAGCAGAAGACUAAAAUGAACCGGAAGUUGCGCGUGCAGGAGCUCAACCAGCAGCACAACAUCCAGAACGAUCUGAAGCCUCUACCCACCAUCCAUGACGACUUAAGGGAAGCGGUCAACGACCCGGCGUCACCGUCUGGUCAAGCGUCUUCCACCAGUCCUGAUUACUGUCAAGCCGUGGAGCUACCUCAGAAAAACACAAACCACAAAGGGCAGUACGAGAAGCCUUUGCUGGAAGAAAGCGGGCUGAAGAUUCACCGCGCGUCCAUCAAGACGCCCCCGGCCAACUACUCCUUCUGUCACUCGACGCGGUGCAGCUUCAGCCACGAGCUGGGCCACACGGCCAACGGCAGCAAGUUGCCGCGGACCAGCCUGCCCCGGUCUGACGAGGUCCCGUCCAACCCGCACAGAAAAAACAGCAGACUCCGUAGAACUUCCAGCACAGAGAUUUUCUCCAGCCGUGUUCCGCUUGUAGGCAACGGUUCCAACAUUGGCCAUAGCAAUGUUCAUGCAGUCGCCAAGUUCAAGGACGCUCACAUGGUCAAAUCUCACAGCGAUCACGUGAUCUGUUACGGGCAAACUGAUACAAAGAACAGAAACCAGGAUACGGAGAUUAACGAGUGCGACGUCAUCACCAAGGAGUGUGACGUCAUCUCCACUGAGUGUGACGUCAUUGCCCCAUCCCCGUCGAGCACGCUGUCCAACAGUUUGACCCUCCCCGUCAGCAUUGAGCUGCCCUCCAGCCUGGUCGCUGACCAGUCGCCCUCACACGUGACCGUAGAGCAGACGUUAGCUGACGUCACGCGGCCGUCCGCCGACGAACGUGACGGCGUCAUCAUGCGGAGGUCGUACUCCUGCAAGGCCCGGCACGAGCCGUCUGCUCACCCCACCAGCUCUAAGACCAUCAGCCUCAACCUCCAGAUCAACGUCCAUUUCCAGGACCCAAAAGACGAGAUCACCACGCCCCACGUGACCUGCCUGACCAGCCUUGAACCCCAGAAGCCGGUGUUCAACCCUUUCAGCGGAUACUACCAGGGUCUGAACGCCCUCAAGCACGCCAUCUUCAAACACAACACGGAAGUGAUGACCGAGAACGGCAGCAACCUGAAGGAGAGGAUGCUGGAGCAAUCGUUCGCCGCCAAGGCCAAGCUGAUCAACACGGAGACGGACGAGCUGAGGAAAAGAUUCUCUGAACCCAUGUUUCUCCAGAGUGUGAUCCUAGAGUCGCCCGAAGAUUCUCACAUUGUGAGGAGGAUGUCUGUUAUUGACGCCAGAAGUCUGAAGAAGGAAAGAUUCGUGCACAGGCCCAGACUCACUGUACACGAGAUUAGACAACUCGACCAGCCUGCUCAGCCGGGCAUAGAGCCGGGCAUAGAGCCGGGCAUAGAGCCGGGCACUGUGCCGGGCAUAGAGCCGGGCAUAGAGCCGGGCAUUAAGACGGGCAUAGAGCCGGGCAUUGAGGCAGGCACAGAGCCUGAUGUAAACACGGGCACCUCGCAAGAAAACGAAAGUAGCGAACCUCUAUCCGAACAGUUUGACAACACGAGCGGCCUUGAGACAAACAGUCCGGCCACCACUGAAGUUGAGCACUGUCAGCUCAACACGACAUCCGCCCUUCAAGUGGAGACGUCAGGCAUCAAAGACAGCUCGCAGCGAAAAUCUCCCGACCAAGACAGUGUUCCCACGUCUUCAUCUACAAGCCCAGAGUUCAAAUCCCAGGACGGGGUGGAGAAAACCGUUUCUUUACACAGAACAAACGCGACGCUCUAUAGCAGCGAUGUGCCAAAACCUACCAGACAUUCAUUGAAUGCUAAAGCUGUCUUAGAGAAUGUCUUAUCUAGAAAUUCGCUUAAAGAAAGCAGCGAUAAUUCGGCCGAUAAUGUGAAGAAUGCGGAGUUAUCUUCACAUGACAGGGGCAAUAACCUGGUAUCUGACACUGAAUCAAAGAUCAGUUUUUCUGUUAAAGAGUCAGGGGAAGAGAACUCGGCAGGAACAGAUCUGAACAUAGCAACCAACAACAACAUGGCGGCAAACCUUUCAUCUCCUCUAGCACAAGAUGGCGGCUGUGAUGAGCCGAACAGACAGCGAAUUCCUGCUGAGGAUUGUGGGAAGAAUGUCGAGGAGUCAGAGUCUAAAGGUUCGCCCAUCGCUAGAACAAGGAUGACGCAUGACUCUGGCCAGGCUGGACAGGUAAAUAGGAGGAGGGCCAUGAUAUUCAAUACAAGCAAUACGGCCACCGGCGUCAUCACAGGCAACACGGCCACCGGCGUCAUCACAAGUAACACGGCCACCGGCGUCAUCACAGGCAACACGGCCACCGGCGUCAUCACAGGUGGGAGACCAGAGUCGGACAAACCAGCCGUGGUGCCGGACAAACCUGCCGUGGUGCCGGACAAACCUGCCGUGGUGCCGGACAAACCUGCCGUGGUGCCGGACAAACCUGCGAAACCUGUCGCUAUGCCUAGAACUGUUCUUAGAAAUAAGGUGAAAAGCGAAGAAUCUAGAAGCCAUCAAGCAGAAGAGGUCACGGGGGACAAAAGUCCGAUACGGAAAUCGGUGGCAAGGAAAAAAAAACCGUUUCUGUCCAUACCGAGCGACGAUGUCGAGAAAGACAACAACGGAAGUGACGAGAGCGACUACGACAACCCGUGGGACGAUCUGGACGACGCCGUCAAGCGAGCGUCCAUCCGCUACAACCGCCGGCCGAGUCGUGUGGCGGCUGGCACCAAGACGUUGCUGCUCAAGUCUGCUGAGGACCUGGGGAGGCUGCUGGAGGAGGCGGAGAAGAAGAGGAGGCUGAGGCAGGAGACGGUGCACAGCGAGAUUCGAUCUCCGGACGAAGACGUGGAGAGCUUGGCCAUCCCGUUCACGCGGUUCUCCCCCUACAGACACACGGUCAAGGGCAUCGUCAACCAGACGCAGCUGGCACAGUCGUCAGAGAACAUCCUGAAGAGCUCCAGUCCGGAGUUCAGUCUCCUGCGGGCAGAGGGCAUCAACGAGGAGGGCAGACGGUCGACCGAACACCGCCGACCUCAGUCGAUGGCCGCCAAGUGGAUUGCCAAGAUCAGCAGCCCAGAAACCAAACGUCACAAAAAUUAA